CAUGGGGCUUCAGAGGGAAGACUGAAUAAUUACAAAGGGAAAGGCCUCACCGACGGAGUCGGGGCCUGGUGUGCCAAAAAAACAGGAAACGUCACUCGUUACUUGGAGGUAACUAAGUAGUUAUAAACGCCAGCUGACGAAAAAUAAAAUAAAAUAAAAUAAAAAAAUAGGAAGGUGAAGAAUGCCAUCGAUUCUGUAGAUUGCAAAAAACAGUUGACUUGAUUUCCAGUUUCUUCGAUCCUUACAACUUCAUAACAAUUUCAAUACAACUUUAUAACAGUAAAUUCAUGACCCCGUCCUUACGUGCUCUGUAUGCGUAGAUUUCUCCCGCAAAUAGCAAGAACACCUAUGGAGGGGACGAAAUGGCGUUUUCGGAAAACAAAAAACGUAUGAAGGUUUUGGAAACGCCGAAUUGUCGUUUUCGUGUGGGUAGAGGAAAACAAUGCCGAAAACGGCGCUGUAGUUUUUAAAUAGAAUGAUGUCAUUCAUCAUACAGCGCACACUCAGUAAAGGACGCAGCUUUUCUUGCAUCGUUUCAGCACUUUUGGGGGCAAAAAAGAUUUGAAUACGUUUCAAAUGGAUGCAUACUUUUUGGAAAACCGCGGAGAAACAACCCCGUUUUCAAAAAUGUCUGCGGAUAGGUGUGGGCGAGUGUAAGUUGGCCCUUUAGGUACAUGUAUCAGGAAACAGGAGCCAGCAAUAUAGUAAAUUCAAUUAUUAUCGAUUAAUUUAUCAUUGGCAUUCAUAUAUUCAACUGAACAGGUAUUGGUUGAUGCUGAGUGUUACAUGACAUCAUAUAUAUUAUCCUUCUAUUACGAAUUUCAACUAUUUAGAAAUGGGCCAGAUUCCAGGAAACAUGAUGAUUUACGUUUUAUUUUCUCAACAUAGAUUGAUUUGGGAAGCCCUCGUCAACUAAGCAUGAUUGGUACUCAGGGUCGGAAUACAACUAAUAACCAGUUUGUGAGCAGCUAUUCAGUGCGUUACAGUUCCAGUGGCCGCAUAUUUUCUACUUUACAGGGAAAGGUAGAGUAUUUCUUUAAACGAACACCAAUUACGUGAUAUCAUUUAAUAAAUGGAAACCGUUGGUCGCGUGCGUUGCUUUGAUAAUCUUUUUUUUUUUUUUCUUGAAAAUAAGCUUUUAAAUUAGGUUUGGGGUCAUGAGUUCCUUAAAAAUAAGGAAACUCCGGGAAGGUUGGGUCCUAAGUGAAAUUCCCUUUGUGGUGACGGGGGGUAUGAAUAUUUUCUGGAACCACACUUUUGGCAAGAAUUCUUUUCCAAGGCCUCUACUGUAAUCGAAUAUGAUUCCUAUAUUUGAUGUCAUUAAAGAACUACCCGAUUUAUUCCCAUUGACCGCACAAGUACUUUAUAUGCUGUCGACGUUACGAUCAUAUCACCCCAAAUUCUUAUCUUUUUUCCCCUCAUUCUAAAUAUCACCCAUUUUUCCUCAUAAAAUAAUCUAAAAGAACUACAUAAAUUUCUUAGACAAAUAGUCAUUAAUGAAAAAAUAGAAUGAAAUAAAAUGAGAUAAAAUCUCGGCAAGAUAUUAACUUCAACUGAAAAUUUGAGUAGACUCUGCUUCAAUCAUGACGAAAACAACUGCAAUACGUACAGCGACGCCCGAAUCGUUGACGUGUCAGUUUAAGCUCACCAAAUUGUAACGCUGUUUCUUUAACCCUCGCUGCUAUAUAGCUAGUGUGUGAAGGCUGUUUUUCGUUUCCUUAUUGCAGAAAUUUCCCGGAAAUAGUGAUAAGAACACUGUUGUUUGGAACGCUCUUCGAGGUCCUGGAGGAGGUCCUUUAGUCGCGCAGUACAUCCGAAUCUACCCCUUAGAAUUCUACGCAAACAUUUGUAUGCGUGUGGAGCUGAAAGAAUGUGCAGGUUAG